UAAAAAGUCAUCAUGACUUCGGGAUCCCUAUUCAUGAUUUAACUCCCUCACAACAGCAUUGAGAUUACCUCGCACAUGCCCCGAGUCUCAACAUUGCGACAUGAUGGCUCCGAACCUCAACAAUCAUCUUCACACUUAAAGCCGCUCGAAGACUGCGUCCAAAAAGUUCUUGACGACACAUUCGAAACGGCACGGCAGCUCGACCCAAUGUCUCAACAGACGGCUACCUCUGGCCGGGCAAAAUCAUCUCGCCAUUUUGUUGCCGGACUUGGUUCCGGCGUUGCAUCGGCGGUGCUUUUGCAACCGCUCGACCUACUGAAAACGCGCGUGCAACAGUCGGGCCACAGGUCCUUGAUGUCGUAUCUCAGAGACGUUGCCGCCGCCCCCAACAAGAUUCAGACACUCUGGCGCGGCACAGUCCCGUCGGCCCUCAGAACCGGCUUCGGCUCGGCCCUCUACUUCACAUCACUCAACUCUAUCCGCGAACAUGUCGCUCAAUCCCAUCUUUUGGGUCAGGACGCCGCUAACAGGAUGGCCCAUUCAUCCUCGUUACCGACGCUCACUCCGACGGCGAACCUUAUGGCCGGCGCCGGGGCUCGCACGUUUGCCGGCUUCGUCUUGAUGCCUCUUACCGUCAUCAAAGUCCGGUACGAAUCGAACCUGUAUUCCUACCAGUCACUGAUCGGCGCAUCAUCCGACAUCUACAGAACGAACGGCCUGCGAGGCUUCUUCGCGGGCUUUGGCGCCACAGCGGUCCGCGAUGCGCCGUACGCAGGCAUGUAUGUAUUAUUCUACGAGCUGCUUAAGAAGCGCCUGAGUGGUCUGUCCAUCGAUAGUGGGGGGCAGAGCUCGAACUACCCCGUCACCAUCAAAACAUCGCAUGCAACCUUGGUCAACUUCAGCUCUGCCAUUAUGGCUGGUGCCGCUUGCUCCGUCGUUUCCAAUCCCUUUGACGCCGUCAAGACGAGGAUCCAGCUACAGCCAGCCAUCUACCGGAACAUGUACCAAGCCUGCCGCAAGAUGGUUGGCGAGGAGGGAGUACGGUCACUGUUAGACGGAGUGGCACUCCGUAUGAGCAGAAAAGCAAUGAGUUCGGCGUUGGCCUGGACUGUGUAUGAAGAAUUGAUUAGAAGAGCCGAGCGUACUUGGUCCUCCAGCUUGGUAAGGGCAGGAGUAGAGCCAUAGCAUAGACUCCGAGUGCUCCGAAUGAAUAAUCC